CUGUGCCAGAUAUAAAACCAUCACAACUUUCUUCUUGGCCUCAAACCGGUACUCUCCCCUUCCCGCUUUUACGCGAAAACACUACAUGUGUUUUCUCAACGGGAUUUUAACAUAGUGCGGUGUUUCUGCAGAUGCAGAAAAAAACAGGUUAUUGACAUUACACACUAUGGAGCUGAAUUUUACACAGAGAGGGCGCGACUUUCUAGAGUUACGCGCGCUAGCGCAGAAACUUCUGACUCGGGGGAACAACUACUCUCUGCGUCUGGAGAACUACUCUCUGUUUGACAACGGAUCGGAGCUCGAUCAGGAGGACUCAUUGGACGUCAACACUAACAUCUACUCUAAGGUCCUGGUCACUGUGAUCUAUAUCGCGCUCUUUGCCGUCGGCUGCUUAGGGAACUCUGUUACGCUAUACACCCUGGUGACCAAGAAGUCCCUCCAGAAUAUCCAAAGCACUGUCCACUACCACCUGUCCAGUCUCGCCGUCUCCGACCUGCUAAUACUAGUCCUCAGCAUGCCCGUCGAGCUAUAUAAUUUCAUCUGGGUCCAUCAUCCUUGGGCGUUCGGAGGAGUUGUUUGUAAAGGCUACUAUUUCAUUCGGGAUGCCUGCUCGUAUGCCACGGCGUUCAACAUCGCCAGCCUCAGCGUCGAGCGUUAUAUGGCGAUAUGUCACCCUUUCAAGGCGAAGAGCAUCAUGUCCUGCAGCCGCACCAAAAAGCUGAUCAGCGGGAUGUGGGUGGCUUCGUUCCUCCUGGCCUCUCCGAUGCUCUUCACCAUGGGACAGAAGUAUCAUGGACCCCACCGGGAGAAGAUAUGCACCACCAUCGUGCCUCCUGUCGUAUUGAAGAUAGUGAUUCAGGUGAAUGUGUUCCUGUCCUUUGUGGUUCCCAUGGUAGCCAUAUCUGUUCUGAACGGGGUCAUCGCCAGUCAGCUGCUGCAUAUGUUCAGAGAGAAGCAGCAGGACAACCGCAUCUGCAUCGUCGAGGGUAACCCUACCAUGCUGAGCGUUGCUGUGGAGCCAAACCGCACACAGUCGCUGCGUCAUGGAGUCAUGGUUCUACGGGCUGUGGUUGUUGCCUUUGUGGUUUGCUAUCUACCCUACUACAUCCGGCGCCUCAUGUACUGCUACGCAGAGUUUACAGAGGAAGGAUAUGAUUACUACCACUACUUCUUCAUGGUGACCAACGUCCUCUUCUACGUGAGCUCAGCUGUCAACCCAGUCCUCUACAACCUGGUCUCAGCCAACUACCGGGAGAUCUUCUUCAACACGCUCCGCUGCUUCUGCGUGCCGUGUCGUCGCAAGAAACAGAGACGUGUUCUGAUAAGACACUCCACCAGCAUCUCCAGUAACCACACCUUUUCCUCCAACAUCAUCAAGGAGACCGUCUACUGACCACCCCCCCAAAACAAACACUCCCCUGAUAACAUUCCAUUUUAGAACUGCAGUGUAUGGAAUCUAUUACUCAGUUGGACUCCAUGUAUGUUUGAUGGGGAGCCUGGUACUGUGAAUCACUGACACAUUGUGCCACAUAAACACACAAAAAUAUCCACAAUUUGAUAUAUUGGUGCAAUCAUCUGAAAGAAAGACUGAGUAAGGGCGUUGUUCACUCAAAUUAUGAAAUUCUAUUGGUUUCCCGUUAGCAGUCAAUGGACGAGGUAUGACAGCAAUCCAUGCUUUGGCUUAGUUUUCACAUGGUAACAAUUUACCAUUUGUUAGCACAUUCAAUUCAUGGGAGCGAUAUUAGCAUUUGUUAGCACAUUAAAUUCAUGGGAGCGAUAUUAGCAUUUGUUAGCACAUUAAAUUCAUGGGACCGAUAUUAGCAUUUGUUAGCACAUUAAAUUCAUGGGACCGAUAUUAGCAUUUGUUAGCACAUUAAAUUCAUGGGAGCGAUAUUAGCAUUUGUUAGCACAUUAAAUUCAUGGGACCGAUAUUAGCAUUUGUUAGCACAUUAAAUUCAUGGGACCGAUAUUAGCAUUUGUUAGCACAUUAAAUUCAUGGUAGCGAUAUUAGCAUUUGUCGCGCAUCGUGUUCAAAUCGUAUGUCUGACUUUGUUGAGAUAUACAAUCAAUUUUGGGCACUUUUGAACAUGAUGUGCAAAAAAAUGCUAAUAUCGGUCUGAUGACUGCGGAAACAGAGCCAGGGCAAAAGCAUGACUUUAUGUCAUAUCUCGUCCAUAUGCUGCUUACAGGGUGAUCAAAACAACAGGUUAUUUUGUCAUUUGGGUAAACCAUUCCUUGAAGUGUUGGAUAUAGUAGUCUUUAGCAUUGUAAAUAUUGUAAACAUGUAUGUACAUUCAGAUUUUUUAUAGAACUGGCAACGCAUACUUGGUUUUAUUCACAUACUUUACAAAAUGAUAUGACGACGGUGAGAACAAUCUGCACUCAUCAACAUAUGUCUGGAUCUUUGAAAUAUGAGGCAAAAAAAUAUACAUGGUGAAAUUUACCAGGAAGUGACUGCCCCUCAGCCUGGUCGUUUCUGGACUCUUUAUGAAUUACCUUCAUUGGGCAAAAAUGUUGCGCAAUGGUCUUCAAGCGCAAAAACUUAGUACAUUUAUCCAAAAACACGAAUAUAUUUUUUUAUCUUAAAUGCAUUUUCACAAAUGUUAUGACAUAAUCGUGAAGCCCAUUCAAAAGGUAGGACACAUGAUACUAAAGUAAAGUGGAAAGGGCACAGGGAAUUAUCAUUUCACUCAGACUCGCAGUACAUGGGUCUAUUUUUAAAAGAGACAGAGAACGAUUGUCAAAAAUGAUCUGCUGCGGAUGUAACGACCAGGAAAGAGUAUUGAUCACAACAAAUUCUCUGGCCUUGUAACAACAACAACAAAAACGUGGCCUUGCUAUUGGCUGCUCGGACUGUGAAUGUUAACUAAAAUACCGAGAGAAGAUGUACUAUUUCAUGAAGAGGAAAAUCAGAUGGCAUUCACAGCUAAUGGGUGAUCGGCUGUGGUGUUGAGACCUGUAGGUUGUUCCAGAAUGCCAACUUCUGACCCUUUACAGCUUUUGAGACCCUGGUGUUGGAAUAUUUAAGAUGUACCACACUACUGCACAAUAGGUCAAGUAACAAACAGAUUUCCUACUGAGGCUUGUAAUGUUUUAUUUGAGAUGAGACUGUUUGAGGCUUGUAUAAUAUUAACUCUACAUUGUCUUCUGUACUUUGGCUAUGAACUUUGAACCCAUAACAAUUUUUUUUUUUUUAAGAUCUGAUCUUGAGAGUAAUGCUGUAACAGAGCCAGCAGAGGAUGAGAGUGGAUGGCAUGAGCAACAUCCAAGAUGGUGUUACAAGACAGAGCACUCAAUGGGACACGAUAUGGACUCUGGUCUUUGAAGCCUGGAGAGGAGAGAGCUCUGUAGCUGACCUGAAUGUAGUCCACAGCACCCUGUCAUGACCACUGAGUGUCUGUACAAUACAUUGUGUCACAUGGACAAUGACAAACGAGUGAGAGAUAGAAUAAUGGAUACAGUGUUUCAGACUCUGAACACACGCUUACAAUGAAUAAAACACGCUGAAAGAACCAAGGUUGAUUAGCGUGGAUGCAGGAAAUGGAUAAGAUUUGUGGGGACGAAAGAGUUUAAAUAA